CAGAAAUUUGCCGCGAUUAAAAAUCACCAUCACACAAGACAACCGAUCACCAGCUAGGGAGCUGUGUUACUUUGCUGAAAGCCUCAAAAUCGAAACCUAAAGUAGUUGUGAAUUUUUUUACAUCGAUACAACCAUGAGCUGCACAACACGAAGGUAAAAAAGAUAUAAGCGAUUAAUUUGGAGUAAUACUUGGAAUUAUUAUCGCUAUGAGUUUGAAGGCGAUUUCUUCCCUUUGUCAAAUCAAUGGAGGGCUUUUGGUAUUUCCUAUAGGCCAAUAUAUCACUUCGCGAAAUGGAUAUAUUUUGCCCCAGAAACGGGACAAAUUAGGUAUUUAGGGCGUGCAGUUACCCAAAAGGCUUUUUAAUUCUUUGAUUUUUAUUUGCAGCGCGAUUUUGAGGGCUAGAAAAAACAGCGAAUCUGAACGCGAGACUCGAAACAGUCGCAAGAGGAAGGUGCGUUGCUAGCCGAAUCGUCAUCAACUAUAAACCUACCAGAUUUCGUUUUUAUUUCAUCCAAAUUGACUAAUAUUAUAUCUUUUAUAGAAAUUGAACUCGAGUUGGUGUGAUGCAGGUCAAAAAGAUAAAAACGUAGGUUUUCUCAAGGAGUCGCGAAUAUAAUUUGCCGCCUAUUUAUGCUCGCCAUACCGUAAUUUCCAUAUUAUAAUUAUCGAAAUUUCGAAACGAUAAUCCCUGCCCUAUUUUGCUCAGAUUAUCAUGGAUAAAAAUACGAAGCCUUUUAGAGGAAAAUUAAGAUUACAGAAAUAUUCAUUUCUGCCUUCAGAAGCGAAAAUUUGAGGUACAUUUCAAGCAAAAUUUCGUAAACAAUUUGUGUACUUAUUAAACUAUGCCACCAUUUUGGCUAUAAACAACGAUGCCAAAUUGAAUGGGUUUCAGCGUUCAUAUUUUUUCUAGCCUAGUUUUGACGCCUGUUUUGCCAGUAUUUAUUAAAGUGCGAUUUGUAUACUUGUUCAAUAUCGAACUAAUCUUGGAUUAGGGCUGAAGAGCUAUAAAUAUUUGAAGCUUUUUGUGUGCAACUUCUGAGUGGAAUUUUAAUGAGUAUGUACUUGUUGUGGGGUGGGUGGUCUUGUGUAUAGCAAGGGUUGGUGAUGUGAAGCUUGGCUACCUUGGUAAGCGAGAAAGCUCGGUAAGCAGAAUGAAGGUCUGCCUGUGUUUAUAUGUGAUAAACUUUACCCACUUGCUUCGAUGGUUUGGUUGUUUGACGUUUUAACAGGUAACUCCAGAAAACAUCCAUACCUCUUCCACAGAGGAAAUAAGAAAUCUCCCUUUGGACAUCUUAGUACGUUUUACUAUAAUCAGAAGUAUAUCCCCCACUUACUUUUUCUCUGUAGGGGGUGUGGGUGUAUUCUGGAAUCUACUGUGCGGGUGAAGGUUGAUAUUCGUUUUUGGAAAAAGUCUGGAUAUUUCCUGGAACAGAGAUUGAUUCACUGAGGGGUUUGUGAGAGGAGAUAGGUCUUGCCAAAUGUAAUAUAGCCAAUUGGGGAGGGGCAUGACUAUCUGUGCAAAAUUUUCUGGCAUGCUUACAGAACCAGAAGAAUUUUAAACUGCUUAUGAUUUUACCACACAAGGUGCAUGAAACUGAAUGAAUCUGAGCACAACUAACCAUACAAAUUCCUGUGUAAACUAAUAAAACUGGACAAGUCAAAACUUUGUCUACAGUUUAGAACUUGUCCAGUUAUGUGUAAACAUGAAAGCCUAGGUCUUGCUGGAUGAAUCCUAGGUCUAGCUGGAUGAAUUUCUGUUAUGAAAUCAGUAAACAAUGCAGCCUAUUCACUCGCCAUUAUAUUUCCCAAACAUCACAGAAUGCGAGUGAAGGUAGUGGGAACACCGAAAGAAUUCAAAAAGAAAAUGACCAAUCCUUAGAUGUAUCCCAAGUGCCUUCCAUGCCAGUUGAUUGUCCCCAACUGUCCUGCAUGACCUUCAGUUUCCCUCGUCACUGUGACGAUUCAAGGACACCGUUACCCAUCCUAAACUGGGCAGAUUCUGAAGAUUUCUGGACAUUUUUGAAAGACAAGGAUCGGGAGUACCCAAAGUUUGGUCAAUACAUGGGUCAUCAUCCUUCAUUACAACCCAAAAUGAGAACAAUUUUGUUAGACUGGUUAAUUGAGGUAGGUUUGAUAAGACUAUUGGUAAAUAUUGUUUCUGAUAUGUCCAUAUAUGGAAUUAAACCUUCAAGUAUCAUUGCCCUUGACAAGUGAAUUGUCUGGUGUUAGACAAAGAAAAUAAUAAAAUGGGCAGCAAUGCAGCAUAAUGUGCUAACCCAUUGAGUGGCAGCAGAGUAAAAUAAUAAAACAGGGUGCCAAACUUCAACUGCAGAUUUCCUCUGGCAAUAAUACCAGUGUAAUCCAAUAUAAAUGACAUUUAGUGUGUUUAGUGUGAUAUAGUUACUGAUUAGCUAGGAAUUUGUAUACCAUAGUUUAUAAGGAACAGACAUGACCCUAAUUACUUUAUUAGGUCUGUGAAGUAUACAGGCUCCACCGAGAAACCUUCCAUCUUGCGGCAAGUUACGUAGAUCGAUACCUCAAGGUGAAAGGCGACAUACAGAAAUCAAGGUUACAGCUUGUAGGAGUUACAGCUUUGUUCAUUGCUUCAAAAUUAGAAGAAAUAUAUCCACCAAAAUUAUCUGAAUUUUCUUACGUGACUGAUGGUGCUUGUACAGAUGAUGAAAUACUUAUGCAAGAACUAGUUAUGUUAAAGGUUGGUAUUGUAGACAGAUCACCCCCUCCCCCAAUAGCUAGAUGGAUGCCCGUUCAUGCAGUCUGCCAUUUUCCCAACCAAAAAAACAAUUGGUUAACCAUUGCUAUUAAUUGACAUUUUGAAGGCCUCUCUUCUCACCCCCUGGAAAACUGUUUGCCCUGACUGCCCUUGUUCCCAGCUGCAAGCAAACUGAGUAAUAAUCCUAAGUGACAGGGCCGUGGUAUACCAAUAAUGAGUACAGGUGAAGACCAAAAUAUUGGAGAAUAUUAGAACUACUGUAGUUUUCUUUUGUGUUCUUGAGGCAAAAAUUAUUGAAUUGAACACCAGUUGCUAUUUAGGCAACAUGAUAUACCCAAGCCCAGACACACCUAAGUAAUGUGGAUUAUCCUAUUUAUUUUGAAUUAUAGGCAUUAGACUGGAAGCUAACUCCACUUACAAUAAAUACUUGGCUAAGAAUCUAUCUACAACUUCGCAGUUACAAACAAGAUGAAAAAGCUGCAUUAUUUCUGACACCAGUUUUCUCAGGAAAGGACCUUGUCCAAGCUGCAAAGGUUUGUUCACAUUUGGAUGGGCCUACACUCUACAUUCAUCUUUGAAAACAACCACAGUUUGAAUAUUGCAAUUUCUUACUUUAAAUUAUCCUAGUCAUUUAAUUUCUAAUACCAUCUAUGCUUUACCCCUCAUCCUAACCUUAUUACUAUCAUAAAAGAAACUGUAGGUACCAUGGUUAUUGCGACGUCAUCUUGGGACAUUUAUAUAUUUUUUUCAUUAGCUUCUUGACUUGUGUGUGCUGGAUUUGGAAUCAUUAGACUUUCCCAACAGAAUUUUAGCAGCAGCAGCUUUGCACCAUACAGUAUCUACCGAUAUUACUAAAGUAACAGGUAUCUAUUUUACUUCAAGAAAUACUGACACAGUAUAUUAUUUAUGCCAAACAUAUACUGUACCAUAGUGCAAAGUAUUUACCUUGCCCAGACUAAGUUUGUGUGAAGCAAUAUACUUUCAAUUGCCCAUUGAGAGUACAAGGCUCAUUGCUUAAUGAAUUGUUUGGCAUUAAGUGGAAUAAAAUGGUACAAGUCCAUUCUGUUGAUAUGUUAUACUUGUUGUUUUUUUCUCUAGAUAUUGCUUGGCCAGAUUUGUUUCCAUGCAUUCAGUGGAUGAAACCAUUCGCAGCUGCCGUGCAAGAACAAGGAACUGUCAACAUCAGAUUAUUUGAAAAGGUCUGUUAUUAACAAGUGUAGACAAUUGUUAAUGAUGAACCAAAACAAACUUGUUCUCAAGAUAUGCUAUUUGUAAUUUCUUGUAGGUCCCACCAGAAGAUUGCCCAAAUGUUCAAACCCACACAAACAGUUUGAAUUUACUGGUAUGUUAAUAAUUAUAAGAAGUUUGGGGUAGCUCUUAGUAACUACUGUGAUCUCUUGCUAUAUGGUCAUUGGUCAGACACUGCACCAGAGUCACAGGGCUGUAGGUUUGAUUCCUCGACAGAGGCCUUAAAGGUUGCAUUUGUUGCAGGUUACAAGUGUAGGUCUUACCUGUCUCAAUCACCUUUUCUUGGGGGGGGCUAUGUAAGCAAAUAGACACCCUUCCCCUAAUAUCUGUGUCUACCAAUACAUAACUAAAAUUGCCUUUCUUCACAGGCUGAAGCUGUAGCACAUAAGAAUGAGUAUGUUCCUGCACCAUUAUCAAGGCGAAGCCCACCAUCACCAGCUUUUGGGGUCCUAACUCCACCUAGCAGUACGAAGAAGGGCAAAACAUCCCGCUAGUCUACCACAUACCUGUAUCAGGUCAUACAAUAGUGGAAACGGCAAAGUGAUGUCCAUUCUGACAUUCAACGACUAACUGGAGAUCUACACAAAGCAACUUUUUCGUAUGGUAUGACUGCAGGAUAUUGAUGCAGUAUGUCGAGUAUUCACAAAAGUUGCUUUCAGUGGAAAACAGGCUUUUAAACCAUACAAUGAACAUCUAAUAUAUGUGCAAUCAAAGAACAAUGAUUUGAACGUUGGUUGAAAUUUUCUCCUGUAGUUUGCAAAGCAAUGGUUUUUACCACUUCUAGUAAAUUAAUAUUUGAAUUUAUAUGUAAUUAUUGAUAGUUAUUGUAUAUGUUUUUAUAUGUAUUAGUAAUUAAAUUAAACCUUUAAUAAAAUUGAAAUUUUUAAUGAAAGCCUAAGCAUCGUUACUAUGUUUCUGAAUAAAUGAGAUUUCGCUAGGCUCGAUUUAUAAUAGAAGACUGUUGAUAAUUUGUACCAAAAUAAACUAUUAGGGAGGAGGACAAAUGAACAAGUGUGACACCCAAGACUCACUUCUUCGCAAUGUUAAGAUGCUUUGCAGCUUCAUUAAAACUUAACUUGCUCAAGCUGUCCUUGUGUUCUUGCAGAAACUUCUUAACUUUAUUUGGUUUCACUCUUGCAUAAUCCCGCAAUGACCACCCGAUGGCUUUGCGAAUAAAGAACUCUUGCUCGUGACACCUUGCUAAGCAAAACUGAAACAAUGUAUCUUCAUCUGUGCUUUCCUUGCAGCAAAGUUGAUGCAGAAUUGCUGUCCGUCUCAUCCACAUGUCGUCAGAGGAUAUCCACUCCAGCAUAACCGGUUUACCCUUGGUUGGGUGUGUCUGUACCAGAUACCCAACAAGUUUAUAUGCCACCAUAUCGACUGUAUCCCACCAAGAUUUAGAAGUUACCAACAUCUUGAAAAACUCGAUAUUUUCUUCAAAAUCAGCCUGGUUUUCGCACAGUAUUUUUCUAUGUUUUACGAGAAAUUCCAUAGCAAUAUACUGUAAUUCUCUUUGAGGUUUUCCCCACAACAUUUGGGCAAAUUCUCUAACAUCUUUUGCCAAAAGGCCAUUAUCUUUGCCUGCCAAUAUUUCUUUCAUAAUCCCUCGUCUAAUAGGACUCUUUAGACCAUAAAAUUGAAACUUGUCUCUCAUAUAUCUCUUCAUUGCACCAGCAUCGGUUGCAUUCCCUUUGCUGUGCAGGGCCUUCUCUAAUUGUGUUAUAAUUUGCACACUAUUACCUGUACGUUGCUUUUUAGAUGGUCUAUCAUUGUCCCCUUGUAUUUUCCUUUUUUGGCGAGUAUCCAUAGCCGAAGAGAUGGAGAAAUGUGCCUAGAAAUUUCACGAUUUCCAACCGUGUGGUUAUUUAAUUUAAUUUAAAUAUUCAAUUGCAACAACUAAUCAUAAAUUAACAUAAUUACUGUAUAUUAUGUUAAUU